AUGAUUGCAGUUAGUGACACUACUGAUAACAGUAUUGUGGAAAAUGUUGAAAAUUUAGAGAUCGCCAGUAACGAUCCAGUUGCCAUUAAGGAACAAAAUCAAACUCAAACAACAGAGUCAAAAACUGAGUAUGAACAUUUAACGAAUGUUCAGAUAAUUCAGCAAAAAUCGAUUGAAAAUAGAUUAGAAUUUUCAAAUGGCUAUAAACCAAAUAUAAAAAAUUUCGAUCAAUAUAAGGAAUUAUACGAUCAAUCAAUUAAUAAUCCGAAAGUCUUUUUUAAUGAAAUGGCUUCAAAAAAUCUUGACUGGUUUAAACCAUACGAUCAGGUAUUCAUUGAGGAUUCAAAUGAUUCAUCAAAACCUUCCUUUCAAGAUAAUUCAUGGUUCUUGAAUGGUCAAUUGAACGCCUGUUAUAAUUGUGUCGACAGACACGCUUUAAAGACACCAAACAAAAUUGCAAUUAUUUAUGAAAGUGAUGAGCCUGGAAAGGACUCGUAUACUUUGACUUACAAAGAGUUAUUAUCCGAAGUUUCAAAAUUAGCCCAAGUUCUUACUUAUUCAAUGAACGUUAAAAAGGGGGAUACAGUAGCUGUUUACAUGCCCAUGAUUCCGCAAGCAUUGAUUACAUUAUUAGCUAUUUCAAGAGUCGGCGCAAUUCAUUCCGUCAUUUUCGCAGGCUUUUCCUCUAAUUCUUUAAAAGAUAGAAUCAUCGACGCAAACUCAAAAUGUGUCAUUACCACUGAUGAAUCUUUAAGAGGUGGGAAAGUUAUUGAAACAAAAAGAAUUGUAGAUGAUGCAGUUAAAGAAGCUAAAAUUGUGGAGAAUGUUUUGGUUUACAAGAGAACAAAUAAUCCAAAUGUUAGUUACGUUGAAAAUAGAGAUCUGGAUUGGGAAUUGGAAAUGAAAAAGUAUAAGUCUUAUUUCCCUUGUGUUCCAGUUGAUAGUGAAGAUCCAUUAUUCUUAUUAUACACUUCAGGUUCUACAGGUACUCCAAAAGGUGUUCAACAUUCAACUGCAGGUUAUUUAUUAGGUGCAUUAAUGACAACAAAGUAUGUAUUUGAUGUCAAUCCAAAUGAUAUUUUAUUCACAGCUGGUGAUAUCGGUUGGAUCACUGGACAUACUUACGUUGUAUAUGGUCCGUUAUUAAAUGGUUGCACUACCGUAGUCUUCGAAGGUACUCCAGCUUAUCCAAAUUAUUCAAGGUACUGGGAUAUUGUUGAUAAGUAUAAGGUAACACAGUUUUAUGUUGCUCCAACAGCUUUAAGGUUAUUGAAAAGGGCAGGCAAUUCAUUCAUUGAUGGUUAUUCAUUAAAAUCAUUAAGAGCGCUAGGUUCAGUUGGUGAACCAAUUGCAGCAGAAGUCUGGGAAUGGUAUAGUGAACAAAUAGGUAAAAAUGAAAUUCCUAUCUGUGACACUUAUUGGCAAACUGAAUCAGGUUCCCAUUUAGUUACUCCUCUAGCUGGAGGAAUCACACCAAUGAAACCGGGAUCUGCAUCAUUCCCAUUUUUCGGCAUUGAGCCAGUCAUUUUAGAUCCUACAACAGGUAAGGAGGUAGUUGGAGAGCAUGCCGAAGGUGUCCUGGCUAUUAAGAGACCUUGGCCUUCAUUUGCAAGAACUAUUUGGAAAAACCAUGACAGAUACUUAGAUACUUACUUGAACCCAUACCCAGGUUAUUAUUUCACAGGUGAUGGUGCAGCCAGAGAUCGUGACGGUUACAUUUGGAUCUUAGGACGUGUUGAUGAUGUGGUUAAUGUAUCAGGUCAUAGGUUAUCGACAGCAGAAAUCGAAGCUGCUAUUAUUGAAGACUCGAUUGUGGCUGAAUGUGCUGUUGUCGGCUUCAAUGACGACUUAACUGGGCAAGCAGUUGCUGCCUUUGUGGUCUUAAAGAAUAAGACUAGCUGGUCAACUGCUUCGGAAGAGGAACUGCUUGAAAUUAAGAAACAUUUGGUGUUAACAGUAAGAAAGGACAUUGGUCCAUUUGCCGCUCCAAAAUUGAUUGUUUUAGUGGAUGACUUACCAAAGACUAGAUCAGGAAAAAUCAUGAGAAGAAUUUUAAGGAAGAUUCUUGCAGGUGAAUCAGAUCAAUUGGGUGAUGUCUCAACUUUGUCUAACCCAGGUGUCGUCAAGCACUUGAUUGACUCCGUUAAGUUAUGA